AUGCCAGUGAAAUGUUGUUUCCACAGGUCAAACGCUGGGGAAACCGUGGCCUGGUCUGAGUCUGUGGAUACAGUACUAUCCAAUAAAGAGGGCCUGGCAGCUUUUCGGACAUUUUUGAAGUCCGAGUUCAGCGAGGAGAAUGUGGAAUUCUGGCUGGCCUGUGAGGACUUCAAGAAAACCAAAUCCUCCACCAAGAUUGCCUUGAAAGCCCAGAAGAUUUAUUCUGACUUUAUACAAGCUGAUGCUCCAAAGGAGAUUAAUAUUGACUUCCAUACCAAAAAUGACAUCUCCCAGAACAUCUCUGAGCCCACCCUCAGCUGCUUUGAUGCUGCUCAGAGCUCAGUCUACUGUCUCAUGGCAAAGGACUCUUUUCCCAGGUUUCUAAGGUCAGAAGUGUACAAGGAACUGGUGAAGAAGCACCAGGACAGAAAUCAGAAGCGAUGGCUCCCGUUUCUGUGA